AUGAGGAAUCUACAAUCUGGUAAAUCAACUCUUCAGGAGCAAAACAACAUGAUGCCGAAUGUGUCCGGCUCUGAUGAUGCACUGAACAAUAGCUCUGAUGAUGCACUGAACAAUUCCAUUAAUACCAAUGUUGGUGAUGAAGAAGAGCCACAUAUACAAGAUUUUCAGGAAUCGGUUCGUAGUACUUAUUAUCAUUCACCGAAUGGCACUAGAUAUUGGAUACCCAAUGUAUUGGAAGCGUAUAGACCUCUUUUGGGUAUGGUAUUUGCUAAAGAGGAAGAUGCAAUUUCCAUGUAUCAGUCAUAUGCUGAGAAAGCUGGGUUUGAUAUUAGGUUGUCGACAACUAAGAAAUCAAAAGAUGGUAAUGUUAGACUUAGGUAUGUUCUUUGUAGUAGAUCGGGAAAGCCCAAUUGCCAAAAUGUUGAUUCAAUGCUUUUGAAGUCAUCUUCCAAGUUGCCUCGUAGCAGUAAUUACAAGGUUUCAGCCUGUAAAGCUAAAAUAAAGGUUAAAGUUUUCAAGGGUUAUCCUGGUUUACGGUUAUAUGAAUUUGUUGAGUCUCAUAAUCACCCGUUAGUUUCAAUUGAGAACAUGGAUUUGACGCGCAAGAGGCGGCAACUAGAAUUUAGCGACCAAGAUUUCAUUCAUAGGCUAAGUUUAGCUAAAGUUGGCCCGUCAACUGCCUUUAAGAUGCAAGCUGUUUUGAAAGGGGGACAACACAACGUCCGUGGUACCAACAUAGAAUAUAAAAAUUUCAGCAAGGAUUUAAGAGCUUUCAUUGGUAAAGGAGAUGCUCAAAUGGUUGUAAAUAUGAUGGACAAACGUAAAGUUAAUUUAGAAAAUUACUAUUGCCAUUACAUAAUUCGUCAUGGAGAGCUUGGGUCCUUAUUUUGGGCAGAUGAGGUUAUGAAGUGCAAUUACAGAGUUUUUGGCGAAGUGUUAGCUUUUGAUGCCACCUACAGUACUAACCAGUAUAAUAUGAUUUUUGUUCCUUUUACGGGGGUUGAUCACCAUAAGAAUUGCGUAACAUUUGCAGCUGCUCUUCUUUAUGAUGAAACUAUUGAGUCGUUCACAUGGAUGUUGGAACAAUUUCUUGAAGCACAUGGUAAACAACCGAGGCUAGUGUUAACCGACCAAGACCCGGCAAUGAAACAAGCCAUAGCUAAAGUUUUCAAUGAAUCUGUCCAUCGUCUAUGUAUGUGGCAUAUUAUGGAUAAACUUCCUCAUAAGAUUGAUGGUGAUGUGUUACAGAAUACCAACUUGAGGCGUCACAAAUGGUUGUCUGAUAUGUUUUCUAUUAGAGAUCAGUGGGUCCCAGGUUAUUUUAGGGACAUACCAAUGUGUUGUUUAAUGAAAACAACGUCUAGAUGCGAAAGUUCAAACGCACUUUUUAAGGUAAACUCUAGCGCAUCGAAUACUUUGGUUCAGUUUAUGUUGUGUUUUGAGAUAGCAAUUGAUGGUCAACGCUACCGGCAACGGGUUUCUGAGCAUAAAACCGAAUCAACUUCUGCCGCCUUAUCCACUCCGUUACCUAUAGAAGCACAUGCAGCACUUGUAUACACCAGAAGCAUUUUUAAGGAGGUCCAAAAGGAGAUAUCUAAAGCCUUAUUAUCAUGUAUGAAUGGUAGACCUGAUGUUGUUGAUGGUUAUGAACAUUAUACGGUUUCUCACUUUGAAAAAGGGACCGUUAUUGGUGAUUACACGGUUAAGAUCAAUCCGAGUGAUAACUCGGUUACAUGCUCAUGUAUGUUAUUUACACGCAUUGGAUAUCUAUGUCGUCAUGUUUUUUCUGCAUACCGAUUUCGAGGCAUAAACAAAAUUCCUAACAAGUAUAUAGCUCCAAGGUGGAAAAAAGAUGCAUUGCCUAAGAAAGUGUUCAACCUUGAAUUCCGUUAUGGUGUUGACAGCUCAGAAAGCUUUAAGCUUAGGUCAGAGGCGCUGAAUUUAGCUCAGCAGUGUGGUGAUCGAUUACGGGGUGAUUCAGUAAAGCUUGCUUGGUUUGUGGAACAAAUCAGGGCUAUUAAGAACACAAUUUUUGAAGAGGCCACAACUGAUCCAAGUUCUAAGAAUAAAGGUGGUGUCUUUGAAGAAUUGAUUGGAGAAUCACAACCUGAUAGUGUUUCUUUUGUCGCUCCCCAAGGUAUUAGGAAUAAAGGAUGUGGGACAUCUCACCGUUUGAUUGGCCCGGGAGAGAAAGCCAAGAAAAAACAAAAACGUAAACAAAGUCACAGUGACGAAGAUAAUGAUGAAGAAAAUGAUGAAGAUAUGGAUGAAGAUAGUGAUGAAGAUAGCGAUGUAGAUGGCGAUGAAGAUAGCCACGAAGAUAGUGAUGGUGAAUGA